AUGUUGUCUGGUAUUUGCGGCGAUGGGAUUUUUUUUGAUAACAUCGAAAAAUCGUCACACGGAACAUAUAUGUGGAAAUGGAUUCGCUUGAAAAGCUUGCUCCCCACAUUACUCUUAUUCCAAUUUCUCAUUUACAUAUGCGGAAAAAUUCUAAAUCCUGUACAUUCGACUCGCACAAUCGAAAAAAUGCAUGCAGUUCAGCACUAUAUUCGAGAGUUCGAGGAACAAGUCAGCAUGCAAAAGCUGGAAGCCGAUAGGAAUCUCGCCGCUUUCCUGCAAGGAGCUGCUGAACGAUCUGAGAAGGAUACAAAAGUUCCCAACCCCAGCAUGAUUAUAGUGGCAAACGAAGGAACGUUCUCGUGGAUACGAAAUUUUGUUUGCAGUGUUGCUGAAUUCAACAUGUUGACGCGUCUAUCCAUAAUCACCACCGAUCACGACACCACACUUUCGAUCGGCCUGAAAUUCCCCAUGCUGCAAGUCUACGAAAUGAGCUUCAAUGAGAUUUCGGAUGGUAUACGGCCGAAGUACGACGAAGUGGUGCGACAUCGCGUGGUUGAGAUCCUUCGACUACGCAUCGGAGCGAUGGUGGCCAAGAAGGAGAUGGAUGCGAUCAUUGCAGCACCAAAUCAAGUAUGGACUAAUUAUUUGCUGAAUAGAACACUGUAUCGCUAUAGAGGUCAUCAGAACCGUGAAGGAUUGCUGGUACAGCAGUUGAGUGCACAACUACUGAGUAGAAAAUUCACUUCGGCUGAUUCUGCGCUGACUUACGCCUGUGAUGUGCCACGACGAUAUAUGUGCCAUCGUAUGCCACAAGGGCUUAUGGUCGGUACCGGUUGGUUUCGAGACAAACAGAGAACAAUUCCACCAGAUAUUGUGCACAUUCCGAUGUCGACAAAAAAGUCGGCGUUGAAAAAAGCAGGACUAUGGCUGCUCUCCGAAGAUGGAAACUGCAUUCCUUCAGUGCGAGAGAACCUUUCAUUCAUAGACUACAGAGGCGAACCGUUUAAACCGCCUGAAGAGCCCUUCGAGAUAUUUUUACUAUCAGCUUACUAUUACAAAACGUCAGAAAGUCUCGGCAACAAUUCCAUUGCCUUAGUGGUAACUGGCGACAUUGCUAUACUGAAAGAUCUGAAGGGAGUUCAGGUGGUUGCGUGGAACAACGUGACGAACGCCGUCAGAGAGGGAGAGCUGCAGCGAGUUACCCCUCAUAAUGUUUGCCGAUGGAUUCCUAUGCUUGUGACGGUUCCACUCAUCCCGGAUCCUCAUACGGUGGCAUUAUCAGUGGGAAACAGGCUUGUUGAAAUCCCAUUCCGAGAACCGGUGACCAAAAAACACGAGGUAGUCACAUGUAUCGCUCCACUCUUUGGCAAUGAACAAUGGCAACAAGCGCUGUUUGCCGCCCACGUGUACAAAAGAUUUGGCACUCAUAUGCAUUUAUACGUACGGAGUAUGGUGUCACCGGUGUUCGAACUAAUGAAAAUCUACGAACGUGAGAGUUAUCUGACCAUUCAACCAUGGCUGCGGAUAAUCCUGCUUUCUAUAUCUGAACUACAUUUCAAUCCAAAUAUCAACGUCGAGUUCCGAAAUCAGGCAGCCGCUCAAACUGACUGUUUGCUGCAGUACAAAGAGUCUGCCUCCUAUAUUACAUUCGUCGACUUAGAUGAUGUGCUGAUUCCUAGGCUUUUCAACAAUUAUUUGGAAGAGUUUGCGCAUCUCUUCCAUUCUAUGCCCAAUGUAGCCUAUAUUCACUAUGUUAAGGAGAACGUCAAGCUCAAAACAGCUAAAAAUGGUUCCGAUUUCUCGCUGAAAGAAAUGUUGAUGAGCAUUCAGUUCGAAAGGGUUACCGAAACCGGGAAACUUGUCGCCGAUCCACGUUAUGUGAAUAGCACUUGGAUUCACUUCCCAAUCUCAAUACCAGCUGGAAUGGAGAGGUACACUGUGCCAAGCCACGUGAACGCAAUAACUCAUCUUAAGCAUAUGAAAUUUGAAACGAAGAGCGAAAAACCCAAAUCAGGUUGGGUAAUUCCGUCAUUUAAGCCGAAUACCUACAAUGUUCUCAGCAAGAAACCGCUGAUGUCACAGCAUGAUAUCGAUCAGAUUCAGAUGGAUUUUGAAAGAAUGGCCAGCAAAGAGGAGGUGGCUAGAAUUUUCCCAAAUUUGCCAACAAAAUUUGUUUAUCUGGAAGCAAUCGCUCAGUGCUAUGAAGACACUUUUUACAAGUAUCACUACUCCGGAAGAGUAACCGAGCUUAAGUGUCCUGGACCGGAUCGGUGCAUGUUCCCGCGCGGCAUUUCAUGCUACAAUUCAGUUGCUGAAUAUCAUUCAAUCAACGAUGGAACACAUAUCAAUCUUCAUUUUGCCGAUCACCAUUCGUUCAAGGAAGAGGAUGGAUGCCGGCCGUAG